AUGGUGGUGCUGGUGGUGGCCACGACGUCGGACCCGGCGUCCAUUGGGCCCGCCGCCGCCUUCCUCGCCAUGCCCGGAUGGUCCCCCGGCCCGCCCAUCGCCGAGGGGAUGGAGAGUUUUACUAAUGGGAAUGUUCGAUUAUUGAAGCAUGAAUAUAGCAUUAUCGCAGAGGAUGAUCUUGACCAGAGAUGGCAGGAAGCCACUGGAGAGUCUGUUUCUGAGGUCAUAUUCCUCAGCAAACACACUGCAGUCUCCAAACGUCCAGCACUCACAGUGCAUCCAAUUGGUGUGCCGCAUCUGAAGGAGGAUGAAACCCCACCCCAAGGAGGGAUUCCUGGAUGGGCAGCAAUUCCAAGUCCUCGCAUUGGCCCUUGGCUCCGGUUGAUGCAAAAGAUAGCUGCAGAACAAGGCCUCGUUCCAGAGUUUGAGAUUACGCUUGAGGCUACUCACCAUGGACCAGUUACCAGCACACCCACCAUGUUUGUUGAGAUAGGAAGUACAGAAGACCACUGGGGUAGACAAGAUGCUGCGCAGGCAAUUGCUCUUGUUCUAUGGAAAGGGCUUGGUCUGGAGGAUGGAGAUGCUAUUGGAAGUUGGCAAGGGAACUGUGAAAAGGUUCUACUAGGUAUAGGAGGUGGUCACUAUGUUCCUCGUCACAUGGAUAUUGUCAUAGGAAGAAACCAAGACCUUCGUAGCCUCCUCAAGGAGCUGAGAGCUCAGCCAAGACUUGGUAUGGGUUCAGCUUGUCUCACUGGUUGUAAACAAACACUUAACCCCAAACCAGCUAAACCAUGCAAAUCCAAUUUAACUGGACUGAUCUUGUGCAGUUUGACAGGUUGA